AGAAACUUUAGCGAGUCAGAGCCGCGCACGGGACCGGGAAGGGGACCCAACCGAGGGUCCAGUCGCCAGCCCCCGCACUAAUAGCGGCCACUCCGGCAGCGGCGGCAGCGGCAGUAGUAACAGCAGCAGCAGCGACAGCGGCGACAGCUCGGAGCCAGGAGGCCGCGCCACCUGCGGGCCGGCCGGAGCGGGCAGCCCCAGGCCCCCUCCCCGGGCACCCGCGUUCAUGCAACGCCUGGUGGCCUGGGACCCAGCAUGUCUCCCCCUGCCGCCGCCGCCUGCCUUUAAAUCCAUGGAAGUGGCCAACUUCUACUACGAGGCGGACUGCUUGGCUGCUGCGUACGGUGGCAAGGCGGCCCCCGCGCCCCCCGCGGCCAGGCCCGGGCCGCGCCCCCCCGCCGGCGAGCUGGGGAGUAUCGGCGAGCACGAGCGCGCCAUUGACUUCAGCCCGUACCUGGAGCCGCUGGGCGCGCCGCAGGCCCCAGCGCCGGCCACGGCCACGGACACCUUCGAGGCGGCUCCGCCCGCGCCCGCCUCCGCCCCCGCGCCCGCCUCCUCCGGGCAGCACCACGACUUCCUUUCCGAUCUCUUCUCCGACGAUUACGGGGGCAAGAACUGCAAGAAGGCGGCCGAGUACGGCUACGUGAGCCUGGGGCGUCUGGGGGCCGCCAAGGGGGCGCUGCACCCCAGCUGCUUUGCGCCCCUGCACCCACCGCCCCCGCCUCCGCCGCCCGCCGAGCUCAAGGUGGAGCCGGGCUUCGAGCCCGCGGACUGCAAGCGGAAGGAGGAGGCUGGGGCGCCGGGCGGCGGCGCCGCAGGCAUGGCGGCGGGCUUCCCGUACGCGCUGCGCGCCUACCUCGGCUACCAGGCGGUGCCGAGCGGCAGCAGCGGGAGCCUCUCCACGUCUUCGUCGUCCAGCCCGCCCGGAACGCCAAGCCCCGCCGACGCCAAGGCGCCCCCUCCGGCCUGCUACCCCGGGGCCGCGCCGGCGCCCUCGCAGGUCAAGAGCAAGGCGAAGAAGACCGUGGACAAGCACAGCGACGAGUACAAGAUCCGGCGCGAGCGCAACAACAUCGCCGUGCGCAAGAGCCGCGACAAGGCCAAGAUGCGCAACCUGGAGACACAGCACAAGGUCUUGGAGCUCACGGCCGAGAACGAGCGGCUGCAGAAGAAGGUGGAGCAGCUGUCGCGCGAGCUCAGCACCCUGCGGAACUUGUUCAAGCAGCUGCCCGAGCCCCUGCUUGCCUCCUCCGGCCACUGCUAGCGCGGCCCCCGCGCGCGUCCCCCUGCCGGCCGGCCUCCGCGCUGCCGGGCGCGCCGCAGCCGCCGAGACUCCCGGGAGCGCCCGCGCCCGCGCUCCCGCCCCCGCCCCUGGUGGCGCCGGCAAAACUUUGGCACUGGGGCGCUUGGCAGCGCGGGGACUCGUCGGUAAUUUUAAUAUUUUAUUAUAUAUAUCUGUCUAUAUUUUUGUCCAAACCAACCGCACAUGCACCUGGGGCGCCCGCCUGUGGUGUUAUUUAAAGAAGAAACGUCUAUGUGUACAGAUGAAUGAUAAACUCUCUCCUCUCCUUCUGCCCCCUCUCCCGGCGCCGGCGGGCGGGCCGGUUUCGAAGUUGAUGCAAUCGGUUUAAACAUGGCUGGACGCGUGUGUACACGGGACUGACGCAACCCACGUGUAACUGUCAGCCGGGCCCUGAGUAAUCGCUUAAAGAUGUUCCUACGGGGUUGUUGCUGUUGUUUUUGUUUUUUUGGUCUUUUUUUUUUUUUUUUUGUAUUAUAAAAAAUAAUCUAUUUCUAUGAGAAAAGAGGAGUCUGUAUAUUUUGGGAAUCUUUUCCGUUUUAAGCAUUAAGUAAGAACACUUUUAAUAAACUUUUUUUUUUGAGACUGGUUAAAAAAAAGCCUUUUGGGGGCAGUAGUUGGCUUUUGAUUUUUUUUCCCCUUUAUUUUGGAUUGACUUGAUUUUCGCUUUCUGGUGUGGGGGGUUGUGUUUCUGUGGGGGCUGCUAAUAUUUUUGGCUUUUUCGCGGCGGGGUGGGGGUGUUGCAGCUGGGCUUGCUUUUAGCCGGCUGCCCCCCAAGGUCAGCUUGGAGGUGGGAGUGCUGGUCCUGGGGGUGGAGAGUGCUGGGUCAGGCUUUUGGGGUGACUCAGCACCCCUGGGUGCUGGAGACCGGUGGUUGAGAGGUCCACUUGGGGAGGGGUAGGGACCUCUGGUCCUUAGUGCCAGGCCUGGGUUUUGAGGGAGGCAGAGAUCUAUGAUCCCCCACUAUGGGGGCUAGGCAGGCAGGCCUGUGAUUCCACAGAAAGAGGGGGUGCAGGUCUUGGUCCUGCUUGGCCCAAGUCAGGGGUAGGCUUUUUUGAUCAGUGUAGUGGGGCAGGCUGUUUAAAAACACUUUGUGUUUUUUUUUUUUUAAAACAGGGGCGCUUGAAGAGUCUGUGUUUGCCUGUCCCUGGCCGGGGGAGGGAAGAAGGCCGGCCAGGUAGAGGGAGGUCCUGGGAGGGGGUUCCUGCAGUUUUGUGCCUUUUCCUUGGGGUAGGAGGUUUAUCAGGGGCCCUCUUGGCCCAGAUGUGGAUACUGAGGCCUGGCUUUACCUGCUUGAGAAGGUGGCUGAGUCCAGGUGUGAACCUGGAGUUGCUGCCCCUGACUCCCUGGGACGGAAACAGCCCGUCCCGCCCCUCCUCACUGCCCCCCCCCACCACCAAUUCCCUCCCUGGACUGAAUUCCUGAGUGGACAGGACCUAGAUUGAGGGUGAGCGGAUACACGUUGGGCGUCCCACGGAGCCUGGCACGAGGGAGGUGUUAUAUAAGUCUUUGCUCUUGUUAUUAUUUUUCACUGGGAGGCUCCUGGCAUUUGGCAUCCCAGUCCUCACUGCAGCAGCCGAGCCUGGCCAGUGCUUGCCAGGGACCAGGCUCCGGUAGACCCUUGACCCGCCCCAUCUCAUUGAAACAGCAACCUUUGGGGAGGUGGGUACUAUUAUUAGGCUUGUGUUUAUAGCCAUAGAGCAGCCUUUGACUAUCAGGUCUCUGUGGACAGGAGACUGGUUUAGGGUCCCCUGCCCUGAGGAGUUCAGGAAUGGGGGCAUGGUGGGGGCUCCACCGUGUGGCUUGCCAAGGGUCUGGAGCAACUGCUGAUAUGGUUUCCCUUUGGGGUCUGGGUGUCCUUUAUUGUGGGAGGCAGGGGUGGGGCGGGGGACAGAGGUGGUGACACUCGGCCCCACCAUUACGGAGCUGAGGAUCAGCCUCCCUGAUGUCUCCCAUUUGUGGUGUGAGGCUGUGCCGGACAGUGGUCAGUCACAUGGUCUCAUUUCAGCCGCUGCCACUCUGUAGCCCUGAGCUGGUCUCUUCCCUGUCCCGGGCAGCCCAGCCCCAGGCCCCAGUGGGGUCUGUCAGCGCCAUCGAUAGCACAUUGGCUUUGCUGCCCAUGGUGUGCUAAGGGGCAAAGGCUGGGGGACUGAACCUAGGAAAGGAAGCGGCUUAGUCUCUCUGGGGUGGGGAGGGGUCACAAUUUAGAAUUAAAUCUCCCACCACACAUCAUCAAUCCGUGCUCCCCUUUAUCACUGAGGGUUAGCUGGUGGCUUCUGUCCACCGAUUUUGCAGGGGAGACAAAGGAAGCAAGAAGGGAACACCUGGCUGAGCAGUGACCCCCAGGCCCCUGCUGCCUUGGAGCUAGCGCCGUGCCCAGUUCUACACACGUGGUUGUGCGCGCAUACACGUCUUCCUUUAACCCACAUAAGCACCUCCUGGAAGGUGUUAUUUUCUGAAAGAGGAAAUUGAGGCCCACAGAACUGGGGUUAUAUGCUCUAGGUUCAGCAGGGAUGCAGCUGGUUACAAAGCUCUGUCUGACUCCCUAAUCUCCCAGGAGAGUUUGGGGCCAACAGCCAGGUUUGUAAUCCCGCUCUCUAACUCCAAAUCCUGGGCCCUUCCUGGAGGGCUCUUUGUUCUGCCCCAAGUUCGGGUACCCCGGGUGCCAGAAUUAAGUGACUUGCCCACAGUUUCACGGUUUGGAAGGAACAGAAAGGGAAUUUGAACCUGGGCCCAUCUGACUGUCCCUGAACAGGGCUGGGAAAAAUUAAUCGACAGGUUGAGGGCUUGAAUGGUGGCCUAGGUGGCCUGGUGUGGGGGCACUGGAGACAGAGCUGUGCCCAGAGGAUUUGGGGAGAUGCCACAGAUGGAGUGACUCCCACCCCAUGGGAUGGAUCCCUAGGCUGUGUGGGGGGAAGGGCUUGCAGGGAGGAGAGAUCAGUACAUUAAAAGAUCUGGAAGCAAGAAAGACAGUGGGGUGGGGUGAAGGGUCAUAAGGGGAGCCCAGGAUGCCAGAGAGGGGCCUCAGGGAGUAACAAUAAUAAAAACCCUUUGCUGUAGUUGAUUCUGACUCACAGUGACUCUAUAGGGCAGAAUAGAACUGUCCUGUAGGGUUUCCAAGGCUGUAGUCUUUACCGAAGCAGACUGCCACAUCUUACUCCUGUGGAGUGGCUGGUGGGUUCCAACUGCCAACCUUUCUGUUAGCAGCUUGAGUGCUUAACCACUGUGUCACCAGGGCUCCACAAUAAUAAUAAACCCCUCAUUUCCGUGGAGUCGAUUCCAAUUCAUAUCGACCCUAUAGGACAGGGUAGAACUGCCCCACAGAGUUUCCAAGGAGCGCCUGGUGGAUUCGAACUGCUGACCUUUUAAGUUAGCAGCUGUAGUACUUAACCACUAUGCUACCAGGGUUUCCACAUAGUAAUCAUAAUAGUGGCUGUGAAUUGAGCGAUUACAACAUGCAAGGCACCACUCCAGGCCCUUGGCUCAGAUCCUUCUGUCUGCCUGAGAAGGCCGGUCAUAUUAACUGCAGACCCAUUUAGUGGAUUUGACCACUGAGGCUAGCAAGGGAGAUGGGGCACCCGAUGUUGUCCAGCUGGGGGUGGGGAGCCUAGAACCCCAACCAUUGUUUGCUCAGGACAGGAGAAUUGACAAAACAUGCUUACACCUGGUUAUGUUACAGUCUUCCCUGUGGCCUAAUCUCGAGGGGGACCAUUGAUCCAGAUUUUACAAAGGAAAAAAGUGGGUAUAGGAAAUGGAAGCUGGAACCACCAACAAGUUGGGGCCUUGGGCUGAGGGUGCAUUCAUCAACUGAACCAUCUUAACAGCCUUUUGGAGGCCAAAGCUUUUGUGACUGACAUUUUCCUGCCGAGCAAACUGAGGCUCAGAGAGGGGAGGUGCCCUGUCCUAGGUUGCACAGCCUAGACGUGGCGGAAUUUGGAGUGGGAGAGAGAAGGGAGACCAGAGGAAUGGGGGUGGAAGGGGAGAAGCUUUCUCCUAAAACCUUAAGAAUGUGUUCUCCCUGCAGUCCCACACAGACCUUCCUGAGACUGCGUUUUCCUCAUCAUGAGAUGUUUAUUUGCCCAGUUAUUUUUUCAUUUAUUUCAACAAGCAUUUUCUGAGCACCUACUGUGUGCCAAGCCCUAUACUGGGUGCUGGGGACAAGUGGUGACUGGGAUGGAGAAUGUUCUCUUGUGAAGGUGACAGUUUAUAGGGAGAGACAGACAUGAGUGACAGGUGAAGACAAGGGCUCUGAAGGAAGGAAAGUGGGGCAGGGAGGGGCGAGAGGUCUGGGAAGGCCUCCCUUCAGAGGUGGCGCAGAGCAGAGACCGAGGCUAGGCGGCUAGGCGAGGUGUGAGUGGGGACGAGCCGUGGCUAUUGGCUAUUGAGUGCUCUGUCUGCCUCAGGUGCUGUUGUGUGGGCUUUAUCCGUAUAUUGACCCAGUGACAUUGGUGCUAUUUAUCACCCUCUUCCCCAGAUGGGGAAAC